AUGGCUACUGCUUCUCUCGUUUUUGCAGGCAAAGCUGUGGCAACCCCAGUUAUCUCGUAUGUAGUGAACAAAGCCUUCAUUUAUCUGGUUAACUACUGGAAAGCUGAGGACAUGGAAUCUGUGAAAGCAGAAGUUCUCAAGAUGUUACCUCUUGUCCAAGCAGUCUUUGAUGCUAUUGAUUGGAAUAACAUUAAAGAGCAGAGUGUGGCACUGGAUGCAUGGUUGUGGGAACUCAGGGAUGCCAUUGAGGAAGCUGAGGAUUCACUCGAUGAGUUGGAUUACCAUCGUUUGAAGGAGGAAGUUAAAGCCCGUGAUGAACAAGAGGUGCGUGGCAGUGUCUUGAAGUUAAAAGGGAAGCUUAUCAGGAAAAUCACCAAGCAUGUCCCCAAGAAUGGCAUGUUGAAGAGGUUAAUGGAAUCUGUUGAAGGUUUGCAUAAGGCAAUUGGUGGUGUAAAAAAUUUCAUGGAUGUCGUGAAUAAGGUGGGUGUUGUUAAUCAGUUCAUGGAUUAUGAGCUAAGAAUGAAGCGUAAUCAGUUUGAAACAACCUCAAGGUCGACGGCAAUUGAGGUUUUUGGCUUGGACAAGGAGAAAGACAUCAUCAUCAAAUGGCUCACUGAGCCAACAGGUAAUGAUCCUGCAGACACCAAUCUUCGCAUUUUUACCAUAGUAGGACAUGGUGGUUUUGGGAAGACAACUUUAGCUCAGCUCAUUUAUAAUGAGAAGAAAGUGCAAAAUUGUUUUGACAUAUGCAUGUGGGUAUCUGUGUCUAGUCAUUUUGAUGCACCAACAAUAGCAAAAAGUAUCAUUGAAGCAAUUUCAAAGGAAGCCCCUCCAGCCAACACUUUGGAAGCACUGCAUGCCAUCCUUGAAGAUAGGUUAAUUUCUAAGAGAUUUUUUCUUAUUUUGGACAAUGUUUGGAAUGACAAUGACAUGGAUGGGUGGGAGAAAAUAUUAGCUCCCCUCAGAAUUGGUGGAACUGGAAGUAUUAUUUUGCUUACGACUCGGAUGAAAUCUGUAGGAGAUAUGGCUGGUUAUGCCCUUGGACUCAAGGUGCAACAUCUGAAAUUAGAUGGUUUACUAGAGAAAGAUAUUUUGAUGCUGUUCAACAAGCAUGCAUUUAGUGGUCUCAAUAUUGAUUGCUACAAAAACUGUCAAUUACUUGGUGAACAAAUUGUGAAAAAGAUUAGCGGAUGUCCCUUGGCAGCCAAGGUUAUAGGUGCACAUUUAAGGGAUAAUAUGAGUUAUAUGUACUGGGAGAAAAUUUUGCGGGAAAACUUGCAUAAUUUACAAUUAGGAAUGGUUGGUGUCAUGAAGGUCCUUAGAUUAAGCUACCAUCAUUUACCUGCAAACCUGCAGCUGUGCUUUAGAUACUGUAGUAUAUUUCCACAAGGGUACAGAUUUGGGAAGAAAGAGCUGGUUGAUAUGUGGUUGGGUUCAGGGAUAAUUUUGCAAACUAUGGAUGAAACAAAAACUCUAGAAGAUAUUGGAGGACAAUGCUUGGACCAACUAGCAAGAAAAUCAUUCUUUGAGUUCACAUCAGAAGAAAGGGAUGGUGUGAUUCUUGAAGAAUAUUAUGCUAUGCACGAUGUAUUGCAUGAUUUGGCACAAGUUGUUUAUUCUGGGGAAUGCUUGAGGAUUGAAGGUAUUAGAUCAAUGAAGAUUGCAAAAACUGUUCGCCAUCUGUCUGUCAAAAUAGUAGAUUCAGUUCAUCUCAAGGGGUUUUGCCAUCUUAACAACUAA